AUGGUCACCAUAGUCGAGAAUGCGAGCGACCAGUUGAACAUUUCGGUAGUAUCAUCUACGGGUAACAAGCAAUACCUUGUCCUUCGUAAUCCGACAUCUCCAGCCUCAAUGUCGAAAGAACAUUUCAAUGCUGACACAGGGAUUACAAUGCGUGGAGAAGCAGCAGCCCUCAAUUGGAUUGUACCAGAUAUGUCCCAGCCGGAGACCAGAACCAUCCGUUUGUGGUACACAGUAGGUUGGAAAAAAGAUCCGACAGGGGUCGACUUCCCCGACCCUGGUUCGGUCACACUGGCAACGAACAACGAAAUGGAAGAAGCCGAAGCUCUUCGGGGAAGCGAGUUGUGCACAACCUAUCUCACAGCAGCUAGUUCGUGGCUGCUGCGCUCCGCUGAUGAUAUCACAAGACAUAUUGCUAGCCGAGGAGACCUCAUUGGAGCUCAGCUGGGAUUACCGAACGGGUCGGUGGUCUUGGCGAUGUCGUCUGUUGGAACCACUAAUAAUGUGAAUAUCCGGGGACCGGCAUAUGAUCUUGACAAGCAGCGUUGGGUGUGA